AUGCCAGGCAGAAAGCCAGCAGGAGCGUCUGGAGCAUCUCCAGCAGGUUUUUAUCAUGAUAAUAAUGAUAAUUCACCAAAUAAUUCAUCAAAUGGAAAAUCUUUUGGACUUUCAGAACAGGCACUGAAGUUUCUAACUGGCCCUGUGUCCACCAUCCUUUUACCUUCCUUCUACAUGCUGGUCUGCUCCAUCAGUGUGCCAAUUAAUGUCGGUGCCGUGAUUGUCUUUGCUCGGGGGAUCCGUCCAAAGAAGCCAGCUGCAAUCUAUAUGCUGAACCUGGCCUUAGCCGAUCUGCUCUUUGCACUGAUGCUCCCCUUCAAGAUCUCCUACCACUUUGAAGGCAACAACUGGAAAUUUGGCCCAUCCAUGUGCCGCGUGGUCACUGCUGCCUUUUACUGGAACAUGUAUUGUUCUGUUCUUCUCAUAGCUUGCAUCAGUGUGGACCGUCUACUUGCUGUAGUUUAUCCAAUCAAUGCUCUGGCUUGGAGGAGCUCACGGACCACAGUCAUAUCCUGCAUAACCAUGUGGGUGUUAUCUUUCGCUGGCUCUGUGCCUCUUGUUUCUUCUGACCAGACUUUUAACGUCAGUGAGUUGAACAUCACCACCUGCCAUGAUGUCCACUCCACAGAUAAGAUCAUCUGGUUAAAGACAUACUUCCUCACCCUCUGCUGCAUUUUUUUCUUCCUACCUCUCCUCAUCACAGUGGCAUCCUACACUCAGAUAAUCUGGUCAUUGAGCAGAGUCCAACAUGAUGUUCCAGGAACAUUACAGAGGAGAAGAAGAGCAGUGGUGAUGACUUUGACUGUGCUGGUGAUAUUUUUGCUGUGUUUCAUGCCCACAAACUGUCUGCUGCUCGCACACUACCUGCAAUUUAACACCGAGAAGAGCCAGGAGGCACCCGAUGGCUCUUACGCACUCUACCUGGUGUUUCUGUGUUUGGGAAGUCUGAACUGCCUCCUGGAUCCCCUGCUCUACUACUUUGGAUCCUCCCAGUGCCAGAAACGACUAUCCAACAUGGUCAAGUGUAAGAGCAUUACACAGAGCAGAGAUAUCACUCAGUCACCAACUUCUUCGUGGAGAUUCAGGAGGUCUGGAAGAACCAUCUCCACCAGAGGGGGUUCUUUUCAAUCAAGCCUCAGAAGCCAAAAGAAGAAAUUACUACUCCUCUGA